AUGGAAGCUAUGGCGGAUCAGCUUCCUGAGACAUUGAAACCCUUUUUUCACAGAGCCACCGAAGCUCAGGAGCGAUUGGCUAAGCUUGAAGCUGCUCUUGCGUCCACCAAGACAGACAUUCCAGAUGCGAAACUUCAGGAGGAAACCUCUGAAAUCAAGUCAAAGCUCGAAGAAGCUAACGAGACAGUGAAGCAAGAACAGAGUAAGGUGGUGAAGGAACUGACUGUUGAAAACGAGAAGCAAAGGUACCGUAUAUUGCAUCUUGUGCGGGCGCUUAAGGAUGCUGAUGAGAAGCUUGAGAAAAUUUCAAAAUGA